CCUCAUUUUCAUUUCUUCAAGCUACAUCUCUAGAAGCAUUUCGUUCGAGCUUUCUUGUUCCAAUAUGAAGUUUCAAAUCUUUCCCAUCUUUGCUUUGCUCUCUCUUGUGAUGGUGGCAACUGAUGCUGCUUUCACUUCUGAACUCUACUGGUUGUCCAAGCUUCCCACUACGCCAAUGCCAAAGGCCAUCACGAAUCUCCUGCAUUCUGAGUUGAAAGAAGACAAAAGCACAUCGGUGGAUGUAGGGAAUGGUGGAGUAAACGUUGAUGCAGGAAACGCGGGAGGUGGUGGCACCAACGUGGACGUUGGAAAAGGAGGAGUUAAUGUAAAUGCUGGACACAAGGGAAAGCCUGUAUAUGUUGAUGUUGGGAACCCCUUUCAGUACCUUUAUGCUGCCACUGAGACUCAGUUGCAUCAUGAUCCAAACACAGCCUUGUUCUUCUUGGAGAAGGACAUGUAUGCUGGCAAAGAACUGAGCUUACAUUUCACCAAGACCACACAAAAUUCAGUCAAAUUCUUGCCUCAACAAGUUGCCAAGAGAAUACCCUUUUCAUCAAGCAAAAUCCCAGAAAUAUUCAGCAAGCUAUCUGUCAAACCUGGGUCCUUGAAGGCUCAGACUUUGAAGAAUACCAUAAAGGAAUGUGAAGAGCCAGGCAUCAGAGGUGAGGAAAAGUACUGUGCCACUUCCCUGGAAUCCAUGGUAGAAUUCACAACCACAAGGCUUGGGAAAGAUUUGUGGGCCCUCUCUACGGAGGUUGAUAAGGAGACCCACAUGCAGAAAUACAUAAUGACAGUUGGAGUGAGAAAGAUGAGAGGGCUAAAGGCCAUUGUGUGCCAUUUAACCAAGUACCCAUAUGCUGUGUUUUACUGUCACAAAACAGAAACCACCAGAGCUUAUUAUGUGCCUCUUCAGAGUAAAGAUGGCGGAAGCAAAGUGAAAGCAGUAGCAAUCUGCCACAAAGACACAUCACAAUGGAACCCAAAGCAUUUGGCCUUCCAAGUGCUAAAUGUUAAACCAGGAACUGUUCCAGUUUGCCACUUCCUUCCUGAGGAUCAUCUUGUGUGGAUUCCGAAGUAGAAAAUUUAAGAGGGGACAUCCAUGAAUAACUAGGCCGUUGUGGAAACAUCAGCUCUAAAACUCAAGCCUUUUACUUGGCAUUGUGUCAUUUACCUUUACGCACAUCUAGCAGUUUGUGCAUCGUUAGUUUGUAAUUGUGAUGGAUCACGUGUGAAAUAGUGAAUGUUAGUCUUUCCUUCUCCUAACUAUGGGAAUAUAUGUAUUUUCUUACAAGAAUUCAAUUCCGAUCAAAUUACUUUAA